AUGCGGGUGUCACUCGUGGCCCUGGCCUUCCAGGCAGCGGUUAGCACUGCAUCUACGCUCACUCCACCCGUAAUCCCCUUGAUCGUACGCAAUCCAUAUCUCAGCACUUGGCUUGCAAAUGCUCGUGACGAACCUUGGUCAAAAUGGCCCAUGUUUUAUACCGGAGAGGAGAUUGGACUCUCUUUAAUGGCUCAUGUCCCCAGUCUGAAUGCGGUAUAUCCUCUUGUCGGCAAGCCGCAUGAUUCUUUGGAUAAAAAGGCACGCUACAAGAUCAGCUUCCCUGAUUACCAAGGUCUUAACUAUGAUGCCUCAACGACCAAUCUGACCUACCAUCUUGAAAUGGGCUCUGCAGACCCUAUCGAUAUCACUGUUUCAUUCCUUUCCCCUAUUACUCCGACUUCGACUCUGCGGCAGUCGAUCCCGGCCUCUUACAUCACAAUUGAUGUCCAAGGCGAUGUCGAUGUCAAUAUCUAUAUGGAUGUCGAUGGUCGCUGGGUCAGUGGAGAUACUGGUAGCAAGAUCAAGUGGAAACAAGAUAGCCUGAAGACCCCGAACGACACGCUGGUUCUCCGCCAUUGGCAGGUGCAGAGAGAAACUGAACUACUGCUAACAGAGACUCGUGACCGCGCGGAAUGGGGAACUCUGCAUUUCACUGGCCCAUCUGAUGCUACAUUCCAGUCUGGAGACGCAAAUGGAGUACGCCGAGCGUUUGCUAGCUCUGGGACCCUGCCAAAUACCAAUGAUAACAAGUUCCGUGCUAUUGGAGACCGAUCCCCGGUGUUUGCGUUCUCCAAGUCUUUCCACCUUGGCCAUUCAUCUAAAAAUUACGCCGACAGCGUCACUUUCACCCUCGCUUUUGUCCAAGUCCCUGUUGUUCAGUAUGCAGCAUCUCGUGGGCUUACAUUGAUGCGACCUUUAUGGGAAGCCUGGUGGCCAACAACCGAGGCGCUCCUGAGUUUCCACUACAGCGAUUACAAUGCAGCUAGCUCUCUAGCGUCCAAUUACUCGCAGCAGUUGGAAGAGGAUGCGUACCUGUCGGGAGCCGAUGACUAUGUCGAUAUCGUUGCUCUUAGUGCGCGGCAAGUCAUGGGGGCAACUACCUUUUCAGGCACCCCGGACGACCCUAUCCUGUUCUUAAAGGAGAUAUCUUCAAAUGGUAACUUCCAAACUAUCGAUGUCAUCUUCCCAGCGUUCCCAUUCUUCAUGUACACCAACCCCCGGUGGUUGGCAUACCUUUUGGAGCCGCUGAUUGAGCAUAUGCUCAGCGGGCAAUACCCCAAUAAGUAUGCGAUGCACGAUUUGGGUACGCAUUUCCCUAAUGCCACCGGCCAUCCCGACGGGAAGGACGAGUACAUGCCAGUUGAGGAGUGUGGCAACAUUCUGAUCAUGGGGUUGGCCAUUGUGAACUCGCUUCGCUAUGAAGAUUCUACCACGGCCUCCUCCAUCUGGUCAACCCAGGGCUUGCCCUCGCCCAAUCUCGGAAACGAGACCUCCGGACUCUUCCCCCUCACUGAUCUGCAGGUUCUUUCCGGCAUCGACUACCAAGAUAGCAAAUGGGGCGGCAGUAAUAUUGGACAGCACUUGGCCGAGAAAUGGGUGAAGCGAAGCUAUCGUCUCUGGAAGCAGUGGACCGGAUAUCUGGUCGAGUUCUCUCUGGAACCUGCCAACCAGCUCUCUACCGAUGACUUUGCAGGCUGGCUUGCACUCCAGACAAACUUGGCUCUCAAGGGAAUUGUGGGCAUCAACGCCAUGAGCAAGAUCGCCGAGGUAGCAGGCGAGGAGGCUGAUGCUGUUCGCUUCAAGAAAAUCGCGAGCAAAUACAUCGCCAAGUGGGAAGAAUUUGGCAUGUCCCGGGACGGCUCCCAUGCCAAGCUUGCCUACGAUUGGUAUGGCUCUUGGACAACAAUCUACAAUCUCUACGCGGAUGCCCAGCUCUGCUUCCACCUAGAGGGAACCGACACCGAUUCGCCGGGCUUUGUUCCGCGCCACAUCUACCAGAAGCAGUCUGUUUGGUAUCACUACGUGCGUCAGACGUACGGCCUUCCUCUCGACAGCCGUCACCUCUACACCAAAACAGAUUGGGAAUUCUUCUCAAUGGCUGUGGCGUCCAAGCCUGUGCGUACCGAGAUUCUCGAUUCUGUCGCUCGCUGGGUCAAUGAGACUGUCACUGAUCGUCCAUUCACGGACUUGCACAAGACGGAGGGUGACGGAGGAUUCCCGGGUCCGAAUUUCUUUGCUCGGCCUGUCAUUGGUGGCCAUUUUGCUUUCUUAGCGUUGGAGCGUGCCUGUGGUGGAAAGGCCAUGCCUGGUCUGUCUUUCCUUGACGAUGUGGAUGACGAGACCAUGGCACUUUGGGUCGAGAGUGCUGAGUCUGCUGCGAAAGAGUUCACUAUGCCGGAAUUGGUCCGCCAUGCCGAGGGAGAGCUGUAG